GUCCAAGUGAGUGGUAUUUCACUGGUUGACCGUAAACGGCCACACUGCUAAGUCGAAUAGCAAAUUCCCUGAAUUUUAUUUUUAUUAUUGGUUGGUGUGUUAAAAUGACAAACAAAAGGAACGAGGAAAUCAGCUAAGCUAUUUAACAAGUCCCCAUCAGAGGAGCAGACGCACACAAUGGUCGACCCGGUGGCGGCAUUGUGCAACUACAAUGUGCUAGAGGUGAUCUUCUCCUACCUAGAGCUGGACGACCUAAGCCACUGCUCGCAGGUGUGCAAAAGUUGGUACCACUUCCUCAACGAUGAGAACAGCGAUGUAUGGCGCUGGCACUGCCUGAACAAGUUGCCGAAGGAGGCACUUAAGUCAGAUUUGCUGUCCUCCGUAUCUACUUACAAGACAAAGCUGCGGGCGUACUUCCACGCCUGGAGCCCCAACGACUGCUCGAGGAAUGUGUACAUUAAACCUAAUGGAUUUACCCUGCAUCGCAAUCCUGUGGCGCAGAGCACAGAUGCUGCACGGGGCAAGAUCGGGUUUCGCCACGGACGGCACACUUGGGAGGUAAUCUGGGAGGGACCACUGGGCACAGUGGCCGUUAUCGGAAUAUCCACCAAGGAGGCGGCGCUGCAGUGCCACGGCUAUGUUGCCCUACUCGGCUCUGACGACCAGAGCUGGGGAUGGAACCUGGUCGAAAACCACUUGCUGCAUAACGGGGACAUGCAAGGCAGCUACCCGCUAUUGAACAAUGCACCUAAGUACCAGGUGGGCGAGCGUAUACGCGUCAUUCUCGACUGCGAGGACAACACCUUGUCGUUCGAGAAGAACUAUGAGUUCCUGGGCGUGGCCUUUCGAGGUCUACCCGACAAGAAGCUCUAUCCCACAGUAUCCGCUGUCUACGGCAACACUGAGGUGUCGAUGGUUUACCUGGGCACCCCGUUAGACGGAUAGCUUUGGCCUAGGCGUAGAACUUGGUUAACACACUCAAUGGAUCCACUAAGUUAUUGUGUAAAUUUGUAUUUAUCUUAAUUAUGAUUGCUUCAUUCCACCUGCAACUCAGUUCGAUAUCGUAAAUUUAGUUACUAGUUUCGUUUUCUGUACAAAAUUAUGCAUUUUGUUGAUUUUACGCUACGCCAAAGUUCAAAACCACCUCGGCAUUAUCUUCACAUGGCAAUUUACGUUAGUUAUACGAACCAAAUGAAUAUUAUAUAGCGAUUAAACAAUAGUUGAAUCAAUUUUUUAUACACCAGUCGCUGAUGAUUGUGCAAGUAAAAUUACAGACAGAAGAACGAACUACA